GCAUACUUUACGUGCUAACAUAAACGCCAAAUGCGCACCCUAUUUAACCCCCCACCCCCAUCCAUUACCACCAAUACAAUCUCCUCAAAAACUCACAACCGUAUCUUCCAUCUCCCUCCACCAACGGCGUCAGUACUGGUGGCUCCGCCGCGCAACCGCCACCGGAAUAUCCACGACGCCACCGGCGAUGUGCUCGAGCUGGUGGAGGACAACAACAACCUGUACGAUUGCGACCUCUGCGCACGAUAAUAACAGCAACGAUAAUAAUAUCAAUAAUAAACUAGGGUUUCGUGGUCAGAAAUUGAGGUAUUCGUGUAUAGAUAACGGAGGAGAGGAUUUUAGCCGUGGUAACGUCGCCAUGGGAUCCGUAAACGAUCGCGGCUCCGAUGUCGUGUCUACAUUGUCGCCGGAGAACCAUCGGAACGUGAAGUCUAAGCGUUUGAAGCAAAAUCCGGCGAAUAAGCUGCUGACGUUGCCUACGAUCUUAACAAUCGGACGCGUUGUGGCGAUUCCGGUUAUCGUUAGCACUUUUUAUAUGAAUAGUCGAUUGGGGACAGCUGUGACCACAGGCAUCUUCAUUGCUGCAGCAAUUACAGAUUGGCUUGAUGGGUAUCUUGCACGAAAAAUGAACUUAGGAACUGCCUUUGGUGCAUUUUUAGAUCCAGUGGCUGAUAAGCUUAUGGUUGCUACUACGUUGGUCUUGUUAUGUACCAAACCUCCAGAAGCUGCUAUGCUUGGACAAUUGCCCUGGUUAUUGACUGUACCAUCAAUUGCAAUUAUUGGCAGAGAGAUAACUAUGUCUGCAGUUAGAGAAUGGGCUGCAUCACAGGGUAGUAAACUUUCAGGGGCUGUUGCUGUAAAUAAUUUGGGAAAGUGGAAAACAGCCACACAAAUGACUUCGUUAACCAUUCUUCUUGCAAUUAGAGAUCCCAGUUUUACAGAGGUAGGGAACCUGGGAACGUCUGGUGUUGCUUUACUUUAUGUGUCAGCUGGGCUAGCUGUAUGGUCAUUGUUUGUGUAUAUGAAGAAGAUAUCCAAAGUAUUGCUGAUGUAACAAUUUAUUAAGAAGAGAAACAAACACUCACAGCUGCUUUGACCUGCCCCUCCUCACUUCACACUUGAAGCUGCUGUUUUUACGCAAGUUUUCUUAUAUUUUUCAUACUAUAUGCUAUAGAUAUCCUUUGUAGUUCAAAUAUCGAUUUGUUCUCCUCAUGCUGAUGUAUUUGUUCUACCGAGGAAAACAACGUUAUAUAAAACAAAUAACUAUUUGUUGUCGGGGAGAUUCACCCUUGAUACGACGUAUAUUUGCUAUUUUGUACGACUUAGUUUUAUGUAUUGUUAUUUGUGGAUUUACUUUA